AUGAUUUUUUCUAAUCCAAAGUUAACGCCAUAUGUGAGCCAUUUGACUCCGAAGGCUCCUCCUGGGAAUAAAAAUACACUUUCUCCUGCUGAUUUUUUCAGCGGCUCCGAUCCCGAUGUUUCCCCGCCAAUAGAAGCUAUCAAGGCCAUUCGCAAGAUAAAAGCCCCGAACUUGCUUUGUAGAGUAAUCGCCAAAAUGGCCCAAAACGAGAAGCACAGUAUUUACCAAGGAUUUUCAAAAGAUACAACACUUUUAGAUACGUAUCUUUCAAACCAAGAUCUCGAAGCAAUUGGUGUAGAUGAUAUGACACUUACUAGGAAACCGUAUACUAGGAAGAAACUCAAAUAA